AUGCUUAAAUCUUUUCAGAUCAAAGGUGUAUUGACCGAUCCAAUAGAAUUAGUGAAGAAGAUUGAUAUUGAUCAGAAAAAACGACAAAAACUGGAAGAUUCAAUAGGAAAUUUUAGUAGUUUUUUUAAUCCAGAUGGUCAAUCCACCAAAAAUCUACAAAGUGAAAACGGAGAUUUCCUCUGGCUUCAAUUAUUUAUCGAAAGUUUACUUCGCAUGUCUGAUGGUGCUCUUCUUCCAUCUCGAAACGAGUUUCUUGAAUUUAUUCGUCAACAAUAUCAUGAUAAUAAUGGUAGACUUCGUAUUAUCGACGAUCUCGAAUCAAGUUACCAAGCAAAUCAAGCAAUAAAAUGGUACACUCGUACUUCAUUUCUUUAUGAUAUUAUGAAUAAAGCAUUUCGUCAGCAAGAUUAUGUACUUCUCUUCACGCUUCGCUUUUUCAUUCACGAUCUAUUUUACUCUUUGGCCGAACGAAAGAGAUUCGAACAAUCUCUUAUCACUCUUUAUCGUGGUCAAGUUCUUGACGUUACAGAAUUAAAUAAUAUAAUUGAAAAUCAGGGCAAUUUCAUCUCUAUGAACAGUUUUAUAUCAACAAGUCGAGAUCGAUUAGUAGCAGCUGGUUUUGCGGCAUCAUCCGUUGAUCCAAAUAAUGUUCGACAUCGUUCAGUUCUGUUUGAAAUCAAUGUUAAUACGACUCGCGAUGAUGUCAAACCGUUCGCUGAUGUAAGUCAGGAUAGCCAGUUUUCCGAUGAAAAUGAAGUAUUGUUCAUGGCUGGAUCAAUCUUUCGCAUUGUUAAUGUUCAAAAGGUUUCUCAAGACGAUCCGAUUUGGUUGAUCAAGUUAGUCUUGUGUGGUGAAGAAGAUUAUCAAUUGAAAGAAGUGUUCACAAGCUUGAAGGCCGAAUUAGACGAUGAAACUGAUAUGGGAUCUGUAGGGAAAGUUUUAUUCGACAUGGGCAAAGGCGAACAAGCGGAAAUAGCUUUUGAAAUUGAUAGGCAACACACAAGAAUUAGAACCAACGGAGAAUUUGGCCAUCCUUUAGAAGGAUACAUUCCAGGACAAUAUGAUUCAGAAACAAUGAAAGAAGCACAAGAAUUAGCAGCAAAACUCAUAGAAAACAAUGACGAUCGAAGGCUACUUGUAUUUUGUUACAAUAUUAUGGGUUCAAUCUACAGAAAUCAUCACCAAUAUGAUAGUGCACUUGAAAAUUUUUCAAAAGCACUCGAUGUUCUUCUUAACCUUUAUGAUCAGGAUCACCUUGAAAUUGCAAUGUUUCAUGAAUUUAUUGGUCAAAUCUAUGAAAAACAAGAAAAAAUGCCAUCGGCAAUAAAAUCAUGGAAAGAAUGUCUUCGAAUCAGGCAACAUCUUUUGCCAGAAGCACACCCGAUAAUUGCCUUGACAUUUCGUAAUAUUGGAGACUUGUACAAUAAUGUGGACGACUUCGAUAAUGCGCUAGCAAUGUAUGAAAAGGCACUAAAAAUACAAUUGCUCUCUUCACCCUCGAAUCAUCCGUCUAUUGCAGAAACAUAUCAAUGUAUCGGUUGGGUUUAUGAACAAAUCAAGGAGUUUCGUUUAGCAUUGAAAAACUAUACUAGUGCUUUUAAAAUUCUACAAGUAUCUUGUCCAUCAACUGAUGCAUCACUCCUUCAAAUUGAGGAAGACAUUGACAAUAUGAGAAGAGAAUUAAAUGCAAGUUCUGAGAAUCGUUCUCAUUAA